GACAUCUUCGGACUGGAGUUGAGAGACGGACGGCAGGAAUCGCUCCCGGCGUCUGGAUUGUUAUUGGAAGCUGGGAACGAUCCGGCGAAAAAAGGCAUCUCCGAGAUUUUUGACAUUGCCAAAUAGAUUUUUUCGUAGCCUGGGAGAAUAAUGUUAGUUGAAAACUCAAAACGUUCUGACGUACUCAGUCCGGAUAUGUCGGAUUCUGAGAGUUCUACCUCCAAAGGUGAAGAGUCAGACGGGCGGGUGACAUCAAAUUGUGAACCGGAUAAACGGAUGGAAUCAAGCAAAUCCUCCAAACACCUAGCGUUUAGUGUCGAGAGGAUUUUGGGAAGUGAAACGAACUUUGUUAAAAAUAGCGACGAUGUGGAGAAAAAAUCUGACAUUUCUGAUAGUGCCUCACAUUCGGACGUAGUGUUUUCUUACAAUAAGUUAAACACAACAGGAGGCAGUCAUGUGGAGGUUUAUGGUCCGCCAUCUGGGAGACCGGUGUGGCCCGAGCUUUACAACUACAUGUGUCCUUGGUCAGGCUUACAACGAGACAGACAUGGCAUGGUCAGACGGGUGGGUCAUCCAUACCAAAAUCGUACACCCCCGAAGCGGAAAAAGCCCAGAACAGCCUUCACCCGUCAACAGGUAAUGGAACUAGAGAAGAGGUUUUCUCGACAGAAGUACCUGGCUUCAGCUGAAAGGUCCAGUCUGGCCAAAUCCCUGAAGAUGACCGAUGCCCAGGUGAAGACGUGGUUCCAGAACAGGAGGACGAAAUGGCGACGCCAGACUGCUGAGGAGCGGGAAAUAGAACGCCAGGCAGCUCAGAAGUUCCUCAUGAGUCUCCGAUCUGAGGAGGGGAGUCAGAUGUACCCGCCCCUGUGUGUGCCCCCUCCCAACCCCUCAUUCCGACUGGUACCCCCGUCAGUAGAGCGGAGUCUGGAGGACUCCCAUACAUAGCCCCAGGGAGGGGUAGUGAACAUUGUGAUGUUGAAGGCUUACUUGUUUGACGUUCAUGCAAUCAUGGAUAUUUGUUUGUAUAAAACUGUGUAUAUACUGCGAUAUGUAUAGAAGAUUUUGACAUAUGAUUUAUUAGCUGUAGACUGAAGGCGAAGGGAAUUCCUCCUUAUUCACAACGAUUGUCUUCACCCUCAUCGAUGGAUUCUGCUGCUGGACGUUGGUCCUUUUCUUCACAGCAUCGCUCACACGGAUGUUAUUAUCCUAUAUUUUUGUUAACAUUUUUUACGUCAUUAGUUAAGAUUUCAUUUGUAUACAUUUUUAUUACCAUCUAUCUUCAUCGAUUACAUAACCAAAAAAUUCCCAAUUCUAUUUACUUGUGUUAUUCGUACACAUAGUGUAUGUGGUAUGCAAGUAAGGGCAUAAUUGUACCCUUACAUAUUUCAUAUAUCAUAAAUUUAUAUAACAAUAAUAUUAUCCGAGUUCAAUGAUGACGGAAGUAAUAAUUUUAAGUUUCAUAUACAAGUUUGAAAUGAGUAAUUUAACCUCCAAUAUGGGGAAUAUGUUCCGACGAAAAACUUAUCUUAUAUACAGAAAUAAUUUAUUUGGGAUAACCCGAAGAUGCACAUACGUGUAUAGAUGUAUUAUAAAGUUUUGUCAAUAAAGUUUUAUUCACUUGA